CCGUAAACAACGUUUCUCCUACGCUGACUGCGCAAACAUAAAUAGUUGGUUGAAUAAGAUUGUACAUCUAAAUGCGUAGAAUGUUUAGAGAAUAGUACUUAAGUAAAUGGAAAAUGGCUGCGGUAAAGAUGUUAGCUAUACUAUUUUUAAACAUUUAAGUAGUGUUUACUUGUAACUUCACCGUUUAUUUCUUAGCCUUUUUGUCAAUUAUUAUUCGUGGAUUUGUUGGCUUGUGAAAAAAGCGCUUACGGUCUUCCGGUUUACAAUCUAGUCAAUGUGAAGAAUGCCGAUUCGAGCUUAUUGUACGAUCUGCUCGGACUUUUUUGAUCACUCUAAAGAUGUGGCAGCCAUCCAUUGUGGGCACACGUUCCACUAUGAUUGUCUUCUUCAGUGGUUCCAGUCUGCACCAUCGAAGACCUGCCCACAGUGCAGAAAGCAGGUCAGCACCAAGCACAUCAUUAACAAGCUGUUCUUUGAUGUGGGAGGUGAGGAGGAUAGUGCCCGUGUGGACCCUGAGAGUUUACAGAAUGAACUGGACAAAUUUAAAGCCCUUCUAAGUGUAAAAGAGAAGGACAGGAAAGGACUUCAGAAAGUCAUCGAGGCUUUGCGGGAGACAGUGGGACGACUGAAUAUAGAUCUGGAAUGUGUCAAGAAGGAGCUUAGUGAGAAGGACAUGCUAUGUGCUGCACUCAGGAAACAGAUGAAGUUUUUGGAGAACCAACAAAGUGAAACACAGUCUGCAAAAGAGGAGGCACGCCGUCUGAGGACUAAGAUGAAAACAUACGAGAGCCUGGACCUUCUUCUGCAGGGCCAGCGCUCAGAGGUGGAGGCCAUGAUUAGAGACAUGGGAGUUGGCCAGGCAGCUGUUGAACAGCUCUCCAUCUUCUGCAUUUCCCUCAAGAAAGAAUAUGAAAACCUGAAGAUAAGUAACAAGACGUCAAAUGAGAUGUGUGAAAAACUCAAAAGGGAGGUUUUUGUAUCCAACAACAAGUUGCAGAAAUCCGCCCUGCAGGUGAGCCGCACAAAGGAAGAAUUGAACGCUGCCCAAGAGGAUCUGAAGAAUGCUGACAAGCAAAUCAGUAGUCUUCAAAAGAAGGUGGAAUUCCUGCAGAAGGCUCUGAGCACGCCGUCUCGCACCAAUGAAGCAAUUAGUCGCAUGGUCUUUGAAAGCCCUGCUCCUUUGGAACUGAAACAGCCUCGUCUACAUCAGCCAGAGGACAGUCAGGAUGUGGAUCUCAGCAUAACCUUUGACAUUGAAACUCCUGAACAGCAGGAAAAGAAGAGUAUCCCAGUCCCAUCCAAGAAGAUGAGGCUAGAGCCUGCUGAGUCACCAACAUUAAGACAUAUUGGCAACUGUUCAACGGAAAAGAAGAAUUCCAGAGCUCGGGAUGAAGAGGAAAUUUCCUUGGCACCUUUGCUUUAUAAUUCGCUGCUUUUCAGGAAGAAAACCUUUGGAAGCAUGCUGGACCCCCAGAGGACCAAAGUGGGCACUGUAAGGACUGGUUUUGAUGGACUUGGAGGAAGAACUAAAUUUAUUCAACCUUCACCCCUGUCAGAAAUCCGUCCUCUCAUGAUGAAAGCAAAGCGGAAAAAAGUGAGCAGGCCAAGCAGCAGCAGGUCUGCUUCCAACCUGCUGAAACUGGACAGCUUUCUGGAAUGAAGCACACUGUGUUCCCAGGAGUCAGAGGUCACGGGAAUGUACAGAACGGGAGUAGAUGAGCCUGCUUUGCCUAUCGAAAAAUAAACUAUUGCUAUUGUGCUUAACAGGACCUUGUCAGCUCCUUGAACAGACACCUUGAAGUUUUUGAAACCAAUGCAGCAUACUCUCUACCAACUGAGCAACGCAGCACAAACAAGGCAGGUUUUGAAAUGGUUGGCGUACUCACCAGUAUCACCUAUGUUUUCUGUUUUUUGCUAUAGCCCACAGAUCAGUGAGACCAACGAUCUCACAUUCUUGCAUAAGCACCUGCAAAGAAUGGAUCAGCAGUUCCACAAGUGUAUCUGGGGAUGCUGAGACAGAAAAAAUAGUGUGGUGAAUCCUUACCUCAGUCUCUUCAACCUAGGGGGAACUUGAAUGGGCAUUUUCUGUGUUUUGUGUAUAUAUGGCCUGUAAAAGUUUGUGUUGGUUACAUUGCUGAGUGCACUCUUAACCUGUGGCUGUCUGACAUUCGCUUUAUGUUAGAUGCUUCUUUUAUGAAAAGUAAUAAACACAAAUUCAGUUUCAA